CAGACAAAAGCUUAUUAAAACAUAAACAGUUCAAGGAUGGUGGUUGUCGCUAAUGAUCUCUCGUCCAAGACUCUCCCCAGAGUUUUCGUCGUCUCUCGUCGGACUCUACGCAAGAACAAGUACGUGGACUUCGUGGGAGAGUACCAUCUCGACCUCAUCGUCUCACACGGCGCCGUCCCUGUGAUCGUCCCACGUGUAAGCGGGAUCCGCUCUAUGCUCCGGAGCUUCGAGCCUAUCCACGGCGUCCUUCUCUGCGAGGGAGAAGACGUCGACCCUUCUCUCUACGCAGACAAAGAGCUGCCAGGACUCUCUCAGGAGGACAUGGAUGAGAUCAGGAGUUUGCACGCAAGUGACACGACCAUCGACAGAGAGAAAGACAGCAUCGAGCUGAGUCUAGCCAAACUCUGUCUCGAAAGAAACAUUCCCUUUUUAGGCAUCUGUCGUGGCUCUCAGAUCCUUAACGUAGCAGCGGGAGGAACUCUGUACCAAGACAUUGAUAAAGAAGUUGGAACUACGACAAAGCAUAUAGACUAUGAUAACUACGAUGAGCAUAGACACGAGGCUAGUCUCGUGGAGGAGACGCCGUUGCGCAAAUGGUUCGACGAGAUGGAUCAGAUCAUGGUGAAUUCGUAUCAUCACCAAGGUGUGAAGAGACUCGCGGAGCGUUUUGCGCCCAUGGCGUACGCUCCUGAUGGUUUGAUAGAAGGGUUUUAUGAUCCGGAUCGGUAUGAUCCGGAGGAAGGUCAGUUUGUGAUGGGUCUGCAGUUUCAUCCCGAGAGGAUGAGAAGCUCUGACGAUGAGUUUGAUUAUGAAGGAUGUGUUUCUGUUUACAAGGAGUUUGUGAAAGCUGUGACAGCGUUUCAUAAGAAGCAACUUGAUGCAGCAGAGAUUGUGAUGGAGGUGAAGAAGAAGAAGAUGACGCUAGCGAAAAGCUUCUCAGGAGCUGAGGUUUUAGAGGCGAACACGGUUCUAAGCAAGCAACAAGAGAACAGGCUGAAGCAGAUGGGAGCUACUGUGAGGAACUCGUGUGUGUAUAUGAAGAGGAUGAAGAGGAAAGAGGAGCAGGAGAGAGCGAUGGACAAGCUGUCCGCGGAGCGUUUGUCUGAUCUGCUUUCUUUCCACCGUAUGAUGGCUCGUCUUUGCUCUGAUGCCAUCAAGAGGAAGCUGUUGGAACCAGCAGAUAGUGACUACUGAGACCUCUUUCCUCAACUGUUAGCUUUUAUUGUAAAAACAUGUUUACAUAUAAAUGAAAAUUAGUUUUCUGUUUACAUUA